CGUGAUUGGGUGCUCCUUUGCUAGCAAAGAUGGCGGCCGCAAGCCGAGUAGUCGGUGCAAAGCAGGUACUGCGUGAGAUUCGCAUUCACUUAUGCCAGCGUUCCCCAGGCAGCCAGGGUGUGAGAGAUUUCAUCCAGCAACGGUACGUGGAGCUGAAGAAGGCGCACCCCGACCUGCCCAUUCUAAUCCGCGAAUGUUCAGAGGUGCAGCCCAAGCUCUGGGCCCGUUAUGCUUUUGGCCAAGAGAAGAAUGUGUCUCUGAACAAUCUGAGUGCUGCUGAGGUGACCAAAGCCAUGGAGAAUGUGCUAAGUGGCAAAGCAUGAAGUGUCUCCACUGAGGACUGAACAAGCCCACCAGAACCUACUGGACUGGAGACAAUGUGGGGAAAUGUGUUCUUUUGGUUCUUAUAAAGCUUACGCUGUACAGUGUUGCUUCAGAAUGUUCUCCUCAUUACCUUUUCCCUCUUACUGCGCAAACACUGAGGCAAAGUAGCUUUAUAUAAAAAUACUAUUUUAUUUCUCAUCAAUAAACCCCAGCUACCCGCUGGGAUGUCGCAUGUC